AGACAUGAAGGUGUUCAAGGGCAAGAUUUGGGCUGCGCUAGGCUCACUCAUGGACCAUGCAGCCGCCGCCACGGCGUCCGGGAACACCAAGGCCUCAUCGGCGGCGGCGCCGGACAGGGCGCUUCUUGCCGACAUCGAAGCGGCGGUGGAGCGGUGCACCGGCGGCGCCGGAGGAGGAGGCGGCCGCGGCGGAGGUGGUGGUGGUGGUGGAGGGGACCAUGACGACCGGCACGUGCACGAGAUACUCUUCUUGGUGUCCAACGCGCCGGGCGCGAUCACCUUCCUGUCGCGGCGCAUCACUGCGCGGCUGGAGGCGGCGCGCGCCCCGGCCGCCGCGCUCCGGUCGCUGCUGCUCGUCCACCGCCUCCUCCGCGCCGGCGACAGGUACUUCGAGCAGGACCUCCGCGGCCUCUGGGCGUCCCGGGACCUGCGCAUCGACGCGCCGCGGUGCAGCUGCUCGCCGCUCGUCUCCGGCGCCGCCGCGGGCGAGUACGUCAGCGCCGGGCCGGCCGCCGCCACGGGCACGUGCUCCUUCCUCCACGGCUACUCCGCCUACCUCGAGGAGCGCAUGCAGUGGGUCAUCAACCAGGCGGGCAACCUCGAGCCCGCCCGGCCGCGUCCGCCGCCGCCGGACCGCCACCACCACCAUCACGACGACGGUGACCCGCCGCGGCCGCGCUCGUCGUCGUCGUCGUCCCACGACGCCGCCGAGCCGCUCAUCUUCAAGCUCGCGAUGAGCCAGAGGCUGCUCGACCUCGCCAUCCAGCUUCUUCCCGACAACAACACGAGCGCCGCCAGCGCCGCCGCCCGGUCGGCCUUCGGCAUUGUGCUCCGGGAGAGCUUCAAGGUCUACGACGCCUUCAAGGACGGCCUCGACGCGCUUCUCCGGUCGCGCGCCGCCGGCGCGAUGGCCAGCAAGGCGUCGAGGGCCUCCGCCCACGAGAUACUCAAGAAGGCGUGCGCCCAGACGCCGGAGCUCAAGGAGUUCUACCACAAGUGCAAGAGGAGCAAUGUGAGCAAGAGCCUCGACUACCCCGUCGUCAGGGUCGUCACGUCGGCAAUGGAGCUCAUCAUGCCGCCGGUCGACGAGGAGGCCGACGCCGACGACCGGUGCUGCGGCGAAGAAGAGGCGCCGGGCGGCGACGACGACGACGGCGUGUCCGCUGGCGGUGCACCGUUUGCCACCAAGUUGGAGACGACGAUCAGCACGGUGUGGGUCGAGUUCGACGACGGCGACGACGGCCUGCAGCAUGACGCGGCGGCUGCCGGCGGCGGCGGCGACCAUUCCUUGCAGCCUACCUAUAGUUUGUAGCUGCAUUCACGCAGCUCAUGCAAUGCAACAUGUUGCGAGUGUAUACUAAUUAAUUUUGAUGGCCGGAUUGCUUGUUAAUUAAUUUUCUCUCUAGCUUCUCUAUCUCUUAGUGUGCAAGGAUUUCAUGCAAUUCUGCAAUUGUUAUUGGAGGAUUUGAGUCUUGAUUAAUUCAGCUGACAAGA